AUGCUUGUUGUGGGACUGGACCCUAUGGGGGCAUCUUCACUGGGGAGGCACAAAGGAAGUAAAAGACUACCAAUUAUGUGUGAAAAUGCUGAUGAUUAUGUAUGGUGGGAUUCUUUUCAUCCCACUGAGAGGAUCCAAGAGAACCUUGCAAAGACUCUCUGGAAUGGGACCCCUUCCUCUGUAGGGCCAUACAACCUAGAAGAGCUCUUCUCAGUUGAUGAGGAGAACUAA